UGCCACAUCCUCCCUUUUCCCUUCUUUUUAAGGGACUUUCACACCAGUAAACUAAAAACUGUGUCCACCCUUUCCCCUUCACAAGAUUUCUCUUUACUUUGCACCAAAAAAAGUCACCAAUUUCUCUCCCUUUCCCUUUCCCUCUCACAACACUUCUCUCAACACAACCCAUGUAGUUUCUCUUUCUUUCCAUAUCAAAAACAUAUCUUUCCAUUUUUUGUCAUGUUCCAACUUUCUUCACUCCUCUAAACAUUCAUAAAAGAAGAUAAAAAGUAACAUAGUAGAAGAAGAAGAAGGAUCUUUCAUGACCCACUUUUCUAAAUUCAUCAAAUCUUUAUUAUAUACCAAAAAAGCAUUGACAUAAAAAGAAGGUGAAAAUUUCACAAGUUUCUCCAUUACACAAUUUUCAGCACCAUGCCAUUGUGUCAAAAUCAGACAAAAUAUCUUAAAGAAGGCCUCAAAGAGAAUUCACACAACAAAACCAGGAAGAGAAACUGUUCCUCCUCUUCAUCUUCAUCUUCUUUGAUGAGAAGAUACAGAUUCAAAAGAGCUAUUUUUGUUGGAAAGAAAGGAGGGUCUACCACCCCUGUUCCCACGUGGAAGACUAACACAACUUCACCUUCUAUGGAUACUACUCAACUCACAAAGACAAAAACUUUGCAUUCUUCUGGUUUUGGGUUACCCUCUAAUGAAAAAGAGGAGUUUUCUGUCUCAGCUAGAAAACUUGCUGCUACUUUGUGGGAAAUCAAUGAUUUGCAUCCUUCCAACAAGGAUUUUGAAUUUGAACAAAUGAGAAGUUGCAAGGAAACAACUUUAAGAAGCAGAGAAAAAGGUGCUAGCUUUUCUAGAUCAGGCUUGUUGAAAUCACUUUUGUCAGAUCCAUCUAAUAGUCCUACUUCAGAGAGAAUGAAAGGAUUUGAAGGUGAUGGCUAUAGAAGAACUGUAUCAGGGUUAUCUCAUCCACUUCAUUUGGGUGUGGAUGGUCAUAGAAAUGCCACUUUGAUUGAGAAAAAUUGUGGCAAAUGCGUGGUUGGAGUUAAGAGCCGUCUGAAGGAAGCUAGAAGUGGCCUAUCUACAUCGAAGAAGCUUCUUAAGGUUUUAAAUCAAAUGUGUCUUCGAGAGAGGUUGUCAUCAACCAUGCCUCUCGUUUUGGCUCUCGGAAGUGAGCUUGAUCGGGUCUGCUGCCUAAUCGAUAAACUAAUCCAAGAAGAGCGCACGAACUCAAACCAGAACGAUAUUGAGUAUUUGGUGAAGAGUUUUGCAGAAGAAAAGGCUGCAUGGAAAAGAAAAGAAAGAGAAAAGAUUCAUGAAGCCGUUAAAAAUGUAGCCGAAGAGUUUAAGGUGGAGAAGAAAUUAAGAAAGCAAACGGAACGGUUGAAUAAGAAGAUUGCCAUAGAAAUGGCGAGUGUUAAAACUUCACACUUAAAAGUAUGCAAAGAGCUCAAAAGGGAGAAACGUGCGAAAGAGAUAUUGGAACAAAUUUGCGAUGAACUAGCUAGAGGUAUCGGGGAAGAUAAGGCGCAGGUGGAGGAACUGAAAAAGGAGUCAGUUAAAGUUCGCGAAGAGGUUGAAAAGGAGAGGGAAAUGCUUCAGUUAGCAGAUGUUUUGCGCGAGGAGAGAGUACAAAUGAAGCUUUCAGAGGCUAAAUAUCAAUUCGAGGAGAAAAACGAUUUGUUAGACAAGCUGAGAAAUGAGCUUGAGGACUUUAUGAGAACUAGAGAUGAAGAAAAUGAAGAUGUUUCUCAAGAGUGUACAAAAUUCAAUGAUCUCGAGUCUUAUUUCAACAACAUUUGUCAGGGAUUGCAAAAUGCAGCGAAAGUGAAUGAUUUCAAUGUUGGAGAUGUAGAGCAUGAAGGAUAUAGUGACUCAGACGAGGAUGCAGACGAGGAAAACAGCGAUCUUCAUUCCAUUGAAUUGAACAUGAAUAAUUACAAUUGCGGAUAUGAGUGGAAUUAUGCGACUGAAGCAGAUGCUCAAAAAGACUCGAAGAGAGUUUCAACUGACAAAGAAAGUACAGGAAGGAAAUCCUUCUCUGAGAGAAUUCAAUGGGGAAGUAUUUGCUUCAACAAGAGAAAUUCAAGUUUUAAGAAGAGGGAUUUGGUUAUAAAUAUUGAAGAAGGCUGUGAUCAUUCUAAUCCUGAUAAUUCAAUCGAAUAUCUUUCUCGAGCUCGGAUACAAGACGACAACGAUGAAACUCGGAGUAAUAGGUCUGUCAAUGGUUUCCAAGAAUCUAUUUCAGGUGCUAAUCAUGUUAAGAGAAAUUGUCAACAGUUAACUUUGCAGUGUUCUAGUGAAGAAGCUGGUGAAAAUGCUCUUCUUGCCUUUGAAAGUGACAAUUUGAAGCAAGAAGCUACAAAAUUAGGAUGUUACUUAAAAGAAUUUUGAUAGUGAUUGUUAGCUAUUUAAUUCAUAUCAUUGGUAGCUCCAAUUAUUUUUCUUGCAAACUGUAAAUGCUGUCUUUUAUGUAUAAUAAUAAUGUAGUGAAUAUGUUCAUGGCGUAUCACUGGUA